AUGGCGCGCCUUCGCCUUGGCUAUACCAAGUCGCGGACAGGCUGUCUCAGAUGCAAGCAGCGUCGAUGCGAUGAGACACGGCCGUCGUGCAGGGCCUGUGUCCGCCACGGCCUCGAGUGCAGUCUUGCAGCCCAGCCGAACACACAACCCGCCUCCGCCCCCACUCCGUUGCCGGGCCCGACUUCGCCGCCAGCGACAGCGCCGCACCCGGCCCCGGCUCCGCCCCGGAGAAGCCGGGCGCGGCCGGCCGACUCCAAGCCCAAGAAAUUCGAACCACACGUACCGCCGCCCGGCCCAUCCACAGAUGCCGGCGGCUCGGAAACGGGACCCUCGCCCAAUGCCUCGUCAGCCACGUUCGCCGGGUCGCCCUCCGUAGCAGCGUCGCCGGACCCCUUCCCGUACCUCAGCAAGUUUGUCACAGGCCCGUCCGAGGGUGACGCGGCCAACUGGGUUAUGGACCUGGAGCUGAUGCAUCACUUCACCACGUGCACGUUCCGGACCUUCCAGAUGGACGAGCGGGAGGAGCUGUGCCGGCUGUGGCAGGUCGAGGUGCCCAAGCAGGCUUUCGUCCACGUCUUCCUGCUGCACCAGAUCCUGGCCGUCUCGUCGUACCACCUCGCCCACCUGCACCCGCACAGCCGCCAGGCGUACUCGCUGCGUGCGUCGCAGCAUCAGAACGCCGGCAUCCGCGCCAUGCGCAUCGCCCUGUCCGACAUCUCCCCCGCCAACUGCCACGCGCUCUUCGCCUCGUCGACGCUGCUCUUCAUCGGCUCGCUCGCCGCGUCGUCGGCCGCUGUCGGCUCCGACGCGCCCCCGCCCACCGUCGACGACCUGGUGGACGUCAUGAUCCUCGUCAAGGGCAUCGGCAGCGUCCUGGACUCGUCGCAGGCCCUGCUCCGGUCCGGCCCGCUGUCCGCGCUUUUUGCCCAGCGCGGAAGCCUCGGGCAGACCAACCCGGCGCUGGACCGGGUGGUGUUGGCCGUCGGCGACUUCCUCGUCGAGGUCGCCGAGGCCGAGCCCGACGACCGCGUGCGCGCCGUGAUCCACGCCGACGCGUACCGCCUGGUCACCGUCAUCCGCGACGCGCUGCUCAAGUCGCCCGUCGCCGAGUACCGCGUCGUGGCGGCCUGGCCGAUCCAGAUGUCCGACGACCUGAUCCCGCUGCUGCGCCAGCGGAACCAGGCCGCGCUGGCGCUGCUGUCGUACUACUGCGUCGUGUUCCACGCCGCGCAGCUGCAGGGGUACUGGUUCAUGCAGGGCUGGGCGCCGGGCGUCAUCCUCGACAUCUCCAGGUCCAUGGCCGGGCCGUGGCAGCGCCACUCGGCCUGGGCGCUCGGGUGGAUCACCGGCCACACGAGCACGGGUUGA